AUGACCCAAUCCUGGCACGGCACAGAAUGGACCUUCUAUAUAGCCUGUACAUGUUCACCUUUAAGUAACAGGCUGGGUGCCUGGGCUGGCUUUCCGGUAGUGAUGCAGGAGCCUCAGGGCAUGUUGCCGUGGACCACAGGUGACAAAGGCAGUGGCUCCACAGGGAUAGCAUGGAUCAUGCAUUGCAAGGGCCACCAGUGUAUAUCACUGCUGAUGCUGGCACUGGCAAUUGUGCAAUUGUGGACUCCUGGUAGCCCUGCAGGCAUAUUGCCAUGUUGGUUCCACAGUCACUGCUCCACAUGGCUCAUAGGCAGGUCACCACUUGUCUCCACAACACCCAACCACAGCUGUGAGCACAAACCUGAGGUGAUGCCGGUGGAAGAGUCUGCAGCUCGGCAAUUGGGUGAUUGGCCUGAGCAACAGCAGGCACAGGCUGGAGCCACAUGA